CUUGAGCAUCUCUUUCUCCAGGAUGACUUGUCUCCAUUUCUAGGUUCCCAAAUCAUUACCAUGAAGUUGGUCUUUUUGUACUUGGUUGUGACACUUUGUGUCCUCUGCAAAGAUGGUGAAGCCUCAUUUUACAGAUCAGAAUCAGAAAAAGGAUCCCAUAUUCCAGAAGCAACUCCAAAAUACUCAGAAACAAGUGCUAUAAUUGGUGAAGCUUCUACUUGGGGCAAAGGAGCAUAUAAAGCUUUCAACGGCCGUAUCUUCUCCUUUGAGUCAUCCUGCGCCUACAUUUUCUGCCGUCACUGCGUUGACUCGGGAGAUUUCAAUAUUGAGAUCAAACGAGGCAAUGAGAGUGAGAUUGAAAAAAUAACAGUUGUAUUGGACAGUAAUGACAUCUCUAUAUCUGGUGAUACCAUUUUAGUUAAUGGAGAAAGUGUACAGAUACCAUAUAACAAUAAGCUGAUCCAUAUUAAAAAAUAUGGAGAAUACAAUGUCCUGAAUAGCCGUAGAGGAGUCUUGUCUUUGAUGUGGGACAAAAAUAACAAACUCUCACUCACUCUUCACAAGCAAUAUCCAACCUGUGGUCUUUGUGGUAAUUUCAACAGCACUCCAGGAGAAGAUAUCAAUGAGCACAUUGCCAAUAGCAAAAUUCCUGGUGAUUGUCCCAAAACUCUUACUAAGAACUAUGAAACUUGUGAAGAUGGAGUACAGCACUGUAACAAAAUUAUUGGAAUCUACUUUGAGAAAUGUGGAAAGGUUACUGCUUUAGCCAGUGACUACAAAAUGAUCUGCAUUGAUGAGUACUGCCAACACAGAGACAAAAAUUCUACAUGUGAUACUUAUUCAGAGCUGUCCCGCCUUUGUGCCUCAGAUGGUCCUGGCACCUAUGAAUCCUGGCGAGAAGAUUCUGAUGUGGUUUGUGAAAAGCCUAGUUGCCCGGAAAAACAUAUCUACAAAGAAUGUGGCCUCUCAAAUCCUGCAACUUGUUCUAAUUUGGUUCCUUUUCAAGACAGUGAAUGUGUGAGUGGCUGCACCUGCCCAGAAGGUUAUCUAUUGGAUGACAUUGGAGAGAAAGGGAGAUGUGUAUUAAAGGAUCAAUGUCCCUGUGAAUCUAAUGGAACAGUCUAUCAAUCUGGAGAAGUCCGAAAAGGACCUUGUGGUUCUCAGUGCACAUGCCAGGAAGCAAAGUGGUCUUGCACUGAAGCAUUGUGUCCUGGAAGGUGUAAGGUGGAAGGAAGUUCAAUUACCACCUUUGAUGGUGAAAAAUAUAACCAUCCUGGGAACUGUCACUUUUUGGCCAUCCACGAUAAAGAUUGGUCUGUCAGUGUUGAGCUUCGUCCGUGUCCAAGUGGUGUGUCAGGAACGUGCUUAAAUAGUGUUACACUCCUCUUGAAUUCGUCUGGUUCGGUUGACAAAUAUGUAUUUAAUAGAGAUGGAACGAUCACAAAUGACCAGGUUGGAAAUCAGCAUUAUUACUAUUCAGAUAAAAUACAGAUAUUCCAGGCAUUCUCCUCAUACUUGCAAGUAGAAACAUGCUUUCAUGUAAAAAUGCAAAUACAGAUUGUUCCUGUGAUGCAAUUAUAUGUUUCCAUGCCACCCAAUGAAUUCACAGACACUCUAGGACUCUGUGGUUCCUACAACAGCAGGGCAGAGGAUGAUUUCAUGUCAAGUCAGAAUAUAUUGGAAAAGUCAUCUCAGGCAUUUGCUGAUUCUUGGGAAAUGAUGUCCUGUCCUAAAGGAAACCCACCUUCAUGCAUCAGUAUAGAAACAGAAAGGUUUGCUGAAAAGCACUGUGAAAUUCUCCUUGAUUCAAGUGGGCCUUUCGCUUCCUGUCAUCCAGUUGUGAAUCCUAAACCAUAUGAGGAGGAAUGCAAAAGACACACGUGCACUUGUGAAAAUAGUCAAGAUUGCCUGUGUACAAUUUUAGGCAACUAUGCGAAAGCAUGUGCUGAGGAGGGAACAUACAUAGUGGGGUGGAGAACCGGACGAUGUGAUGAUUCUUGUCCAAGUGGCCUAGUUUUCAAGUACAAUGCAAAAGCCUGCAAUAGUUCUUGCCGAUCAUUGUCAGAAAGAGAUAGAAGCUGUGAUAUAGAAGAUAUUCCAGUUGAUGGAUGCACUUGCCCUGAUGGGAUGUACCAAGAUAAUGAAGGAAACUGUGUUUCCAAAUCUGAGUGUGACUGCUACUUAAAUGACAAGGUCAUGAAACCAGGCAAACUCAUCCAUAUUGAUGGCAAUAAAUGUGUCUGUCAGGAUGGGAUUCUUCUUUGUCAGACUCCCAUUGAUUUAGCCCUACAGAAUUGCUCUGGAGGGGCUAAAUUUGUUGACUGCAGUGAUCCUAAGGCACAGAGAAGAGUUGACCGUACAUGUAGCACUCGGAACAUACCAACUUUUGAAGAUAACUUGCCUUGCAAACGUGGGUGCUAUUGUCCAGCAGGAAUGGUUCGAAAUUCUAAAGGGCACUGUAUCUUUCCUGAUGACUGCCCAUGCUCCUUUGGUGGACAAGAGUAUGACCAAGGAAGUGUCACCUCAGUAGGCUGCAACAAAUGUACUUGCAUAAAAGGGUCUUGGAACUGUACACAAAAUGAAUGUCAGACUACCUGCCACAUCUAUGGGGAAGGUCAUGUUCAAACUUUUGACAGAAAAAGUUACAGCUUUGAUGGUCUCUGCCAGUAUUCAUUUGUUGAGGAUUAUUGUGGUCAUGCAAAUGGCACAUUCCGUAUUUUAACUGAAAGCGUCCCCUGCUGUGAAGAUGGCCUCACAUGCUCAAGAAAAAUCAUAGUUGCCUUUCAGGAUCAGAAUGUAAUCUUGCAUGAUGGUAGAGUAACGGCAGUCAAAACUACAGAAAGUAGAGAAUGUGAACUCAAUGGAAAUGCAUACUCUGUACAUACUGUUGGCCUGUACUUGAUUCUGAAGUUUUCCAUUGGAAUAACUGUGAUUUGGGACAAAAACACAAGAAUGUCUGUUAUAUUGGACCCACAGUGGAAUGGCAAAGUGUGUGGUCUUUGUGGAAAUAGCAAUGGAGAUCUCAAGGAUGAUUUCACAACACGACACUCAUCAGCAGCUACUGGAGCACUGGAAUUUGGAAAUAGUUGGAAAACUACUCAAGAAUGUUCAGACACAGUAGCUCAAACUUUCCCAUGUGACUCAAACCCAUACUGCAAAGCCUGGGCUGUGCGGAAAUGUGAGAUCAUCCGAGACAGCACUUUCAGAGACUGCCACAGCAAGGUGGACCCCAGUGCGUACUAUGAUGCAUGUAUCGCGGAAGCCUGCGCAUGUGACAUGGAGGGCAAGUACCUGGGAUUCUGCACGUCCGUGGCUAUGUACGCGGAGGCAUGCAGCGCAGUUGGGGUCUGUGUCACCUGGAGAAAGCCCGAUCUUUGCCCUGUCUACUGUGACUACUAUAACGCCCCCGGAGAAUGCCGCUGGCAUUACGAACCUUGUGGGACAGUGACUGCAAAAACGUGCAAAGAUAGAGUUAUUGGCCAGAAAUUCUCUGCAGUUUUAGAAGGUUGUUAUGCUAAGUGCCCAGACAGUGCUCCUUAUCUGGACGAGAACACCAUGCAGUGCGUCCGUUUGUCUGAGUGCAGCUGCUUCUAUAAUGAUGUCAUACCAGCAGGUGGAGUGAUCCAAGAUAACUGUGGAAGAACAUGCUAUUGCCUCGCAGGAGAGUUGGUAUGCAGUGGAACUGCUUCUAAAAAUUCACCCUCUUCAGCAUUCCCACUGGGAACCAGUAGCUCAGGCACAGCGGCUUUCAUGUCAGGGUUUACAACAUCAAGCAAUGAAACAAUAGAAACAACUCUAAGUAUACCCAUUGAAGCUUUGACUACAGGGGCCACAGGAGCAUCAGCAAGUGGAGCCAAAAACAAAAUUACAGGUGACACAGACUUCAGAGAAGCUGGAUCAGGGGCCCCGACUGCACCCACAAUAGGACCUGAGGAAGAGACCUCAGCCAGUAAACCAAGCCCAGGAGCGACAAGCCCAGGAAAAUCAGGACCCUCAGCUGGUGAACCGACUAGAGCACCAGUCAGUGAAGUGACACCAUCUGAAACGGGCACCUUAGGUACCUCUGGGCCCUCAGGUGGUGCCACGGGUGGAGGUGAAGGUACACCUGAGUCUCCCAGCAGUGGGGCUACAAGUUCUUCAAAUAAGCCAGGCACAACUGGACAAUCGGCUGCAGGAUCAGGCACCACAACAGUAGCAUCCUCUGGAGUGACAGGAACAACGGGACCGUCACCUGGAGGGACAGGGAAAACUGAACCGUCAUCUGAAGUAUCUGGGACGAAGGGGACCAUCGCAGGAGUGACAGGGACAUCCAGACCGUCACCUGGGAAAUCGGGAACAACUGAACCAUCAGCUGAGGGGUCAGGGACGAUGACGCCAUCUUCUGAGCACCUAGGAACACCUGCACCAACAACUGGAGCGCCAGGAACAACUGUCCCAUCAGGGAGAGUGUCCAGCGGUGGAGGGUCCUCAUCGGGAACAGUAGGAACCACUAGAUCACAUGUUGUAGGUUCAGAGACAACUGGACCUUCAUCAAAGAUAAGUGAAGCAGCAACUGGAACGCCAGGGGCACCUGGGUCAUCGCCUGAACCAUCAUCGGCGACAGAACCAUCAGCUGGAGGAUCAGGGACAAGUGGAUCAGCCUCUGGAGAAUCAGAGACCCCAGGAUCAUCCACAGGACACUCAGGAACAACCGGAACAUCUGCUAGAGUUUCAGGAACAACUGAAUCGUUACCUGCAAAAUCAGGGACAACGCGACCAUCAGGCCCAGGAACAGGAACAACUGGCCCAACAGCUGAAAUGUCAGGAACCACUGGAGUAGCACGUGGAGGAUCGGGGACCACUGUGUCAGCAGCUGGAUUGCCAGGGACAAGUGUGUCAACUCCAGGUGGGUCAGGAGCAUAUGAGCCAUCGACUGGAACACCAGGGGCCACAGGUCCAUCUACUGGAGAACCGGGAUCAAGAGGGACAUCUUCCACAGGUUCGGAAACAACUGAAUCAUCUGAAAAAUCAAGGACAACUAGACCAUCAGGUCAGGGAAGAGGAACAAGUGGCCCAACAGGUGAAACGUCUGGAACCACUGGAGUAACAGCUGGAGGAUCAGGGGCAACUGGUUCAGGAGCUGGAUUGCCAGGGACGACAGGGUCACGUCAGGGAGGGUCCGGAACACAUGGGCCACCUUCAACGGGGAGACCAGCGGCAACUAGAACAUCUGUUGCGGGUUCAGCGACCACUGGCUCAUUCAGGGGAACAUCAGGGACAUCAGCAACGUUAGCAGAAGAACUGGGGACAGCGCAAGCAUCAACUGGAGUCCUGGGGACAACAGGGACAUCAGUGGUGACAGUCAGUGAAGGAGGAAGAACAACGGGGAAGCCAGGAAUAGAGAUGACCGCAUCUGGGGGAGCCUCCCGAGGGCCAGCGGGAACUACCAGAGGGCCCAGCAGGGGAAGCACAGCAGGAGCAGGAACCUCCGGGAGCGGAGCAGGCACACCCGAAGAACCAUAUGGAGCAACCACUGAAGCAGGUUCCACGGGUGGCACUCCUGGCUCUACAGUUGCACCUGAAAGUUUCAGUGCCGGCCCACAUAACAAAAUUCCACCAGUAUUAGCUGAAGGUAAGUCGAAAUUAAAAUGUCAAAAGUAUAUUUCUACACAAUGUAGUUUGAAAUAAUAUUUCAUCUUUUCUAUUUUUGCCAUAGAAACACAAU